UAUAUGCUAAGGUUAUAUACCACUGACACAAGUCACAACAUAUAAUCUCUAGAUAUAGAGAGAGAUAGAGAGAGAAAGUCUAAGUGAUAAUCAUGGCGAGUUCUUCAUCAUCAUCAUUUUAUGAUGAGAUUCCAAACAACAAUAUCCAGGAAAGUUACAUAAUCGAUUUCCCUUUCUCACCUGCUUUACCAUCAUGCAGCUUAGUUGACAUGUUUCCACCACCAUCAUUAUCUGAUCAUCAUGAUCAAAAUGAUGUUUCUUUUGAUGGUGACAUGGACAUGUUAAGCUCAGAUGAUUUCAACACUUCUUGGUUCUCAGACUUCAACUUUGAAACCGACACGUCAGAAUCACUACCUGCUGUCACCCAAACUGACAUGCAGAUGCCUCCUUUGCCGGUUCUAUCCCUCGCUGCGACGUCUGAGGUUAUGAAAAAUAAUGCGGCGAUUCCUGCUUCGGGUUCCUCUUCGAAUACUUCAUCACCGAAUGAGGCUGGUGUUGUUGCUAACAAAUCGGUUGUUGCAAGAGCUGAGAAUGAAGAUGGACGUGAAUUUGUUGAAGGAAAAGAAGCUGAAGCUGAGGAUCACGGUGGAGAUCUUCGAAUCGUAGCGGUGGAGAAUCGAAAUGAUCAAAAUCAGACUAACAAACCACCGGUGAAACCAAAGAAGACAGACAAGAAGAAGCAAAAACCGAAUAGAGUUAUUUUCAAGACACAAACCGAACUUGGUCACUUGAAUGAUGGUUAUAGGUGGCGCAAGUAUGGCCAAAAGCAUGUCAAAAAUAGCCAUUUUCCCAGGAGCUAUUACCGUUGCACCACCCCUGGUUGUGAAGUGAAGAAGCACAUAGAGCUUUUUGGGCCCGAGCCUUCCAUGCUGCUAACCUCUUAUGAAGGCAACCACACCCACCUAGCUCCAAAGGUGACUCAUGCUGCACACCUUGAAAUCAUACAUGAUGCUAUUGUUGAUGGUGUCCAUAAAAUCCACCGCAAAAUCAAAGCUAAUGCUGUUGGUUUUGCUGGAAACGAACUUCCAAUGUCGCAGCAGUCACAACCACAACAGUUUCAGAACUCGAAUCAGAUUGUGAUUCCCCAACAACCUGUAUUUCCUCCAUUGCCAUACAAUAAUGGUUAUAAUAAAUCCUUCAACGUCCUUCCAACUUUAAACAUUGUUAACUAUGUUAACAACUUUCCACCUUUGAAUGUUGUUCACUCUUCUACUACUAAUAAUUCUCCAACUUUGAAUGUUGUUAACCCUGCUAACAACUUUCCACCUUUGAAUGUUGUUAACAUUGUUGCUGCAGACAAUUUUUCACCUCUGAAUGUUGUUAACCCUGUUGCUGCUGAAAAUUCUCCACCUUUGAAUGUUGUUAACUCUGCUGGCAAUUUCUUCAACUCUUCGACAUUAUUUGGUGAAUUCCUUCAAAAUAUAGGUGGAUGCAAUUUUUCAAUGUUGACAGAUAAUUUGAUAAACAACGAUGGACUUCUUCAGGACAUGAUCAUGCCAAGGGAGACGAGAGGAGCUUGGGCUGAAGCUGGAGCAGGAGCUGGAUCAGGAAGAUGAAGACGAUGAUUCUUAUGUUUCAUGUUAUUUUAAAUAUACUUAUUUAUGGUAUUAAUUAAUUUCAUUUGACUUGUAUAUUAAUUAAUAUCCGGUAGCCAAUAAUUUAAGAUAAUGAAACUUAUAUCAUGAUGAUGAUGGUGGAAA